UCCCACCCCGGGUUCCCUCCUUUUCCAUUUUAUAAAACAAAGAAAAGCAACUUAUUUUUGCCUAAAGCUUUCUCCUCUGCUUUGAAAAUUGUCAUCAUAGCCACCACACUCUCUCUAGUCUCUACACACUACACAUAACACGCUCCCUGUCCAUAUCGUUUCUCUCUCUGUAUUCCCUAUUUCUCGGUUGCUUGUGUUCCUGGAACUUGUUCUUCAAUGGAGGGCAACCCAUCUCAGCUUAUCUAUCAUCUUGCUCUGCCAAUUAGUCUCUUCAUGCUGUUUGUUUUCGUCCCCGGGACCGAACAGAAUGGGUUCUCAACGAUCAAGACUGAUGCACAAGCUCUUCUAAUGUUCAAGAAGAUGAUAGAGAAGGACCCUAAUGGAGUUUUGUCAGGAUGGAAGGCUGAGAGGAAUCCAUGCAACUGGCAAGGAAUUUCAUGCUCUCUAGGACGAGUGACUAAGCUUGAUCUCACGGGCUUUGACCUUGUUGGGACUAUCUCCUUAGAUCCUCUGGCUUCUCUAGAUAUGUUAUCUGUUCUGAUACUGUCUUCCAAUUCAUUUACCAUAAAUGCUACCUCUUUGCUUCAGCUUCCAUACAGCUUAAAACAGCUUGAUCUAUCUUUUACUGGUCUUGUUGGUUCUGUCCCGGAGAACUUUUUCUCAAGGUGUCCCAAUCUUGUUUACGUGAAUCUUUCUCUAAACAAUAUGACGGGCUUGUUACCUGAAACUCUCUUAUUGAAUUCUGAUAAACUGCAGAUUCUUGACCUCUCUUAUAACAAAUUAACGGGGUCAAUUUCUGGUUUGAAAACUGACGACUCUUGCAGUUCCUUGCUGCACCUAGAUCUGUCUGGAAACAGUAUCGUUGGUUUCCUCCCAAGCUCCCUUUCAAACUGCACUAGUCUCAACAAUCUUAGUAUGAAUAACAACUUGCUCACCGGGGAAAUCCCAGCAUCUUUUGGGAAGCUCAAGAAUUUACAGAGAUUGGAUCUCUCUACUAAUCAUCUUACUGGCUGGAUCCCCCCCGAAUUGGGAAAUGCAUGCGAAUCACUCUUAGAACUUCGCCUUUCUAAUAAUAACAUUACAGGCUCAAUUCCAGCCUCCUUAUCCUCUUGUUCUUGGUUGCAGAUUCUUGAUCUGUCUAAUAACAACGUAUCUGGUCCUUUACCAGAUUCCCUAUUUCGGAACCUUGGCUCGUUGGAGAACUUGUUGUUGAGUAACAACCUCAUCUCUGGAUCAAUUCCUUCUUCUAUAUCAUCUUGCAAAAGUUUACGUAUUUUGGAUUUGAGCUCCAACAUGAUUUCUGGUGUGAUUCCGCCAGAUAUAUGUCCAGGAGCUGCCAUGCUCGAGGAUCUGAGAGCUCCGUAUAAUCUAAUUGUAGGAGAAAUCCCCGCCGAGCUAUCCCAAUGCUCGCAGCUGAAGACCAUUGAUUUUAGCCUAAACCGUCUCAAUGGUUCCAUUCCGGCUGAGCUUGGGAAGCUUGAGAAUCUUGAGCAGCUAAUAGCAUGGUACAAUGGGUUGAAAGGGAAAAUCCCCAAAGAGUUGGGCAAAUGCAGGAAUCUCAAGGAUCUCAUUCUUAAUAACAAUCAGCUGAGCGGCGAAAUCCCGGUUGAAUUGCUCAAUUGCAGCAAUCUUGAAUGGAUAUCGCUCACAAGCAAUGGACUCACAGGUGAAAUCCCGCCCAAAUUAGGUCAAUUGUCAAGACUUGCCGCUUUGCAACUUGGGAACAACAGCUUGAGUGGGCAGAUACCAAGAGAGCUAGCAAAUUGCACCAAUUUGGUCUGGCUGGACUUGAACAGUAACAAGCUUACUGGAGAGAUCCCUCCGAGACUUGGCAGACAGCUUGGGGCGAAAGCAUCAAACGGUAUUCUCUCUGGCAACACUCUGGUGUUUGUGCGUAAUGUGGGAAAUUCUUGUAAAGGGGUCGGAGGUCUGUUAGAAUUUGCUGGAAUCCGACCAGACAAACUACAGCAGGACCCGAUGCUGAAGACCUGUGAUUUCACGAGACUGUAUUCUGGUCCAGUCCUAAGCCUCUUUACAAAGUACCAAACUCUGGAGUAUUUGGAUCUUUCUUACAAUCAACUUCGCGGUAAAAUCCCCGAAGAGUUUGGAGACAUUGUGGCCUUACAAGUUCUUGCAUUAGCCCACAACCAGUUAUCUGGUGAGAUUCCCUCAUCACUAGGCCGACUCAAAAAUUUAGGCGUGUUUGAUGCUUCCCAUAACAGAUUGCAGGGUCAUAUUCCAGAUUCCUUCUCAAACCUGUCAUUCUUGGUGCAAAUUGACCUAUCAAACAAUGAGUUAACAGGGCAAAUUCCAACGAGGGGACAACUUAGUACACUUCCUGCAAGCCAGUACGCGAACAACCCAGGACUUUGUGGGGUUCCACUGUCUGAAUGCCACAAUGAGAAUGACGAACCAAAAACACUUGCAAAUGGAGAUGAUAACAGAGGAAGUCGAAAGCCGACGGCCGCAUCUUGGGCAAAUAGCAUUGUCUUGGGGAUUCUCAUUUCGAUUGCUUCUGUCUGCAUUCUCAUUGUGUGGGCAAUUGCAAUGCGUGCAAGACGGAAGGAAGCAGAGGAAGUCAAGAUGCUUAAUACCUUGCAAGCAUCCCAUGCUGCCACCACGUGGAAGAUUGACAAAGAGAAAGAGCCAUUGAGCAUUAAUGUGGCAACCUUCCAAAGGCAGCUGAGGAAACUCAAGUUCUCCCAACUGAUUGAGGCUACCAAUGGCUUCUCCGCAGCUAGCCUGAUUGGGUGUGGAGGGUUUGGAGAAGUGUUCAAGGCCACGCUAAAAGAUGGGUCGAGUGUUGCAAUCAAGAAGCUCAUAAGAUUGAGCUGCCAGGGUGACCGAGAAUUCAUGGCCGAGAUGGAAACUUUGGGGAAGAUCAAGCAUAGGAAUCUUGUACCCCUGUUGGGUUAUUGCAAAGUUGGCGAGGAGAGACUCCUUGUGUAUGAAUUCAUGGAGUACGGAAGCCUGGAAGAAAUGCUUCAUGGGAGAGUAAAGACACGAGAUCGACGGAUUCUGACAUGGGAUGAGAGAAAAAAGAUUGCGAGAGGUGCAGCAAAAGGGCUGUGUUUCCUACAUCACAACUGCAUCCCACACAUAAUUCACAGGGACAUGAAGUCGAGCAAUGUACUACUAGACAACGAAUUGGAAGCCAGGGUUUCUGAUUUUGGAAUGGCAAGACUCAUUAGUGCACUUGACACCCACCUUAGUGUAAGCACACUAGCAGGCACACCCGGAUACGUCCCUCCCGAGUACUACCAAAGCUUCCGAUGCACUGCAAAGGGCGACGUCUAUUCAUUAGGAGUUGUCCUCCUCGAACUCUUGACAGGGAAACGCCCAACUGAUAAAGAGGAUUUUGGAGAUACAAACUUGGUGGGGUGGGUGAAAAUCAAAGUAAGAGAAGGCAAGCAAAUGGAGGUCAUUGACCCAGAUUUGCUUCUAGUGACAAAAGGAACCGAUGAAGCAGAAGCAGAAGAAGUAAAAGAGAUGAUAAGGUAUCUGGAAAUAACUUUGCAGUGUGUGGACGAUUUCCCCUCCAAGAGGCCUAACAUGUUGCAGGUGGUUGCCAUGCUGAGAGAGCUGAUGCCCGAAUCAGCCAGUGGAAGCAGCAACAGCACUUGAACCGUAGCUUUCUUUCUUGGAACGUGGUUGAUGUAAGAAGAAAAGGUUUGUAAGAUUUGUUGUUUCAGCUCUAGAAAGAGUUUCCCUGUACCUA